UAAAUGGGCAGAUGUUGUUCGGUGUUAUGGUUUAACACAAAAUCCAUCAAAUGGAAAUUAUUUUCUCAUAAUGAUGAAAAUGAAUAUAGAUUUAAGAAAAUAUUUACAACAAAAUCAUAAUCAACUUAUAUGGAAAAAGAGAAUUAAUAUUACUUAUGAAAUAAUUCGUGCACUUUAUUAUAUUCAUAAAGAGAAAGCAAUUCAUAGAGAUUUAAAUUCCGGAAAUAUAUUAUAUUCACAAUUAAAUAAUUAUUGGUGUAUCAGUGAUCUUGGAUUUUGUGGACCUGCUGAUAAAUCUUCAACAAGUAUAUAUGGAAAUCUUCCUUACAUAGCACCCGAAGUUAUUGUUGGAAGAAAAUAUACUUUUGCAUCUGAUAUUUAUAGUAUUGCAAUUCUUAUGUGGGAAAUUUCAUCUGGACAAACACCAUUUAUAAAUUAUGAACAUGAAAAUGAUAUUGUAAUGAAUAUUAUUAACGGUAUAAGACCAAAAAUUGUGCCAGGAACUCCAUUAGAAUAUAAAAAUUUAAUGAAACAAUGUUGGGAUGCUGAUCCAUUAAAAAGACCUGACAUUAAUGCACUUGAGUACAAAAUGAGAAAAAUCAAUUUAGAUUAUCAAAAUAUGUCAGAUGAAUUAUUCAAAUCAGAAAUGAAUAAUUUAGGAAUGAAUGAAGUAGAAGAAAAUUGUACUAGUAGCAGAUUAUUUACAAGUAAAAUUCAUAACUUUGGAAAUUUACCCGAACCAAGAAAUGCAACAGAAGAAGAACAAGAAGGGUUUCAUAGUAAAUUGUAUGAUUUUAACAUUCCUAACAAUAGUGAUAGUGAAAAAUUACCCGAAGAAUUUAUAAAGUUACAAAUAAAUUCAAAUGGUAAGUUAAAUUACUAACAAAUAAAAUCAUCAUCUUAUCAAAUUUAUUUAUUAAACGCGACUUUAUUUAAAAUUUAGAUGAUGAAAAGGAAAUAACUCAACAACAUGUUGAUAGUAGGUGAAAAUUUUUACGUAAUAACAAACAAUUUUUAUACUAUUUUAAUUAUGUUUAUUUUCUUAUAGAUGAUGACGAAGUAUAUAAUAAUCCAAAUCUUCAUUCAAAAGAACAAGAUGAACUGAAAAUUCCUGAUGAUGGAUUUUGAAUUAUUUAACAAUGUGUUUCUUUAUAUUUUAAAUUAUUAUCAUUUAUUUAUUUAUUUUAUCUUGGAUUAUUUAAACACUAAGACUAGAGUAGUAAAUGUUUUACAAAAUUCUUAGUUUGUAAUUUAAAUAAUUUUAAUAAAUUUAUUCAAACUAUUAAA